UCCGGUUGCCCGCCCUCGCGCGUCCCCACCACCCUCCCGCCAUACUCACCCUCGCGCGCGCGCGUUUCGGCCCUGCCCACUGCUGCCGACCCAUCCUCGCCCACUGUCUUCCGCUCGCAGUCGCUCGUUCUUUGUUCACUCGCGCGCUGCCCGUUUGUCGGUCGCAUUUGCGUGCUGGGCAGUUGCCCUGUGCGCUCUUCGUCGCCAUGCGGGUCGUCGGGUGUGUGUGUGCCCGCCUGCUCGUGUCUGCAUUCGUCGGCUGUGUCUGCACGCGGGGCGUUCGCCCUGCGCGCCCGCGGUCGGCGCGUGUGCUGUACUGCGCGUCGCCGCGUCCUGUGCCCACGUUUAGCUCGCUCGCUCGCGUCAGCACUCGCCUUCACUCCCUCGCCCAAGGCUGUUGUUCGCUAUCGCACCCACGGUUCACUCGUCGGCUGCGUCUGCGCGCAGGGCAUUCGCCGUUCUGCACGCCCCAGCCCUGCCCGUCGUCGCCCUCGCCUAUCCUUCGCUCGCAUGCCCGUCGUCCGUUCGUCGGGUGCGUUUGCGCGCUGGGCAGUUGUCGGGUGCGUUUACACGCUGGGCAGUUGUCGGGCGCCUUUGCGCGCUGGGUACUCGCGUUAGUGCUCGUGUUAGUGCUCGUGCACGCCGAGCCCGAGCCCCGUCGUGGUUAGACGCUAAGGGGUGGUGUCAGGAAAGGGACGGAGCGGCGACGGGA